AGUAUCACACUUGCAAGUAAAUUCAGACAACUUUUAAGAACUCAUUUAAUUUUUUAAAAAAGCAGACACUGUAAAAGCAAGCAGCACUUAGGCUGACCAUCCCUUUCUUGAUGUAUCUAAUGAUUGUAGUUACCUCUAGAAUUCUUUCCACUUUAAUUGACCUUGGGUUCCCCCCUCCCUUUAUUACCUAUAUGCUAACUAUAACUAUAGCACUAUUAUCAUGGCCAUGGAUAAAUGCCUUUGUAGGGUAGGGCUUGCCUCUUAAAUUAUUCCUAUUUUCCACUCAUGCCAACGUUACUCUAAAUUGGCUUUAAAGAAUCCUGUUAAGACUGAGACCCUUUGACAACAGCUUGUAACAUAUUCGGUCUGGAUUUGACAACAUCCAAAUUAAUAAAUCAGCCUAGGUAACUAUCAAGUCAUUGUGCUGCUUCUCCUGUUCCAGGAUAUAGGACAGAAGCAACAUCAGCCUAGAAUUCCUGCCAAUGGGAACCCUAGUUUUCCAGAAGCUCUGCCGAUUUUCAAUAAUACACAUGAAAAUAUCAUUUUUUCCCCUGCAGCUGAAUGGGAAAUAAAUUAGCCUAGCUGCCCAACAAACAUAAUACUGUGGAAACAGAAGAGCAGAGUUAAUUCUGGAGCAGCACAAAGGGAGGUAUUCACUGGCUGCAGAACAUAUAAAAUGCUUCAGUAGUAAUAAUAAAGAAGAGGAGAGACAAUGGGAUGUCAAGAGUUGUAAGAGUUGGAGGAUAAUGUUACUUUUUGACUGGAGGGGGGGAUUUGCAGGGCAACACAGUCUUGAAAUUUGAUCCUGAUCAUUUCAAAAAUCUUUCAUUUUCUUUCUUUCCUCCCAACAUUCCCUCCGCUGUAGUUUAAACAAUUUCCUUUGCUGCCAUGGCAACACAAAAACAAUCUCAGCACAAUGAAAAGGAUGGCAGUCUUUUCAUGAAUCCUGGGACCAACCAGAACAGAAUUAAAAAACAACAACAACCAGGAAGAAUACUAGAAAUGUAACCUCAAGGGGAGAUAAUAUCAGGUUAUGCUUUCCAACAGGUUUCUUUACUUUUCUAGUUCUGGUUUCAUACAAAACUUCUUUAUGGAUUAAUGUUGCUGUUAUGAAAUUGAGCUACACUUAAUAGCAUUGUUAAGCUCUAAGUCAGAUGAGAACGUCCUAUAAUGAAAUAUAACUCUGCUUUUAGAAGCAAAGGGAAGAUUCCUGAAGCUGCAUUGCAUUCAUCUUAGAAAUGUCCAAUCUGUCCCUCUUAAGUCGUGGCACUGGGCAGGUGAUCAGAAAGAAACAGGAGAAGCUGGAAGUGCAUUUUGAUUCCCAGGAUGACCUGAACUGGAUGUCUCCUGAAGGCCUUUGCAAUGUCAACAGACUACUGGAUCACAGGCAGAUCAUGAAGGAGUACUGGGGGCUGUAUCCCCCCAAAACAUAUUGCACAAGAAGAGGCACACUCUUUCUCUAUUCGGAAGAUGUAGCCAAACCGUGGAAAUGGAAGUUGCAGCAAGGAUGUCAGAACAAAAGCCAGACAUUAUGUGUAGAUCUUCACACACUCCAAGAUUUGGCACGGGCUAUCUUAGUAUAUGGAAGCAAACAGCUGUGGCAAGAUAAGAAAGGAAUUGCUCAGCAGCCCUAUCUGUACUUCCUGAAAGAUUCAGACUGUGAGAUGGUCAGAUCGAUGAGACCAGGCUAUUCAGCCAAGAGGUACCUCCUCAAACUCUCCCAAAGCUGGGAUCCAAGUGUUUUGCAAAAGCUUCAGAAUGCAGGAUAUAUCAGUGACCCCUUGUUGUUUAAGGAAAAUGCAGCCGCUCUCAGGAAGAAAUUACAGGAUCUAUCAGCUAUUCCACCAAAGUAUAAUCUUCAUUUUUUCUACACUCCUUGCUUGUACUCACAAAGUGAACUAGAAGAACAGACUUAUUCAGGUCUUGGUCCUCCAUUGCGUAAAAAGUCAGAAAAUAAAGCCUGCCUGGUGAAAGGUGACGCAGAACAUAAUGCCAGAGAAACAGGUCGAAUCCCUUUAAGAAUUUCUGUAAGAAAACUGAGUUUUCAUCUUCAACCACAGCAUUCCAGAGAAAGCAUCUGGAAUCAGAAUGAGGCACACUGGCAGAUCUCUGAGGACAGAGGGGUAGAACGUCACCAAGGUGGAAAGACCAAGAAGGAGCCACAUAACUGUGAAAUGCCAAACCAAUCAGUAAAUUUUCCAUUAUUGGGAAAUACACGAAUUGACACCUCUGAAUUUUGGUGUGAGCAAUCCCAUGUGAAUUUCUAUGGUGGCUUCUUUCCUGGAAAAAAGAUCACAUACAGUGUUAACCAAAAUCAUCUGAAGAGCACUGCUAGCAGAGGAAGAGGACUCUCUGAAGACACAGAAGUGUUUCCCCUGAUUAAUCUAGGAGGUAGUAAAGAGCAAGAUGAAAACACAAAGAAACACAGGAAGCUGGUGCCAGAAUUUUGCAAGUUACCUCAAAUAACUGAAAGCUCACCCAGCGUUCAAAGGGAAAAAAUAAAACCCAGUGAGCUUUCAAAAGAACUUAUGAUCCUUCCACUGCUGGUUCAGUCGGAGUCUCCAGCUAAAGCAAAAAGCUCAAGAGGGACUUGUUCUAAAGAAGUCAAAUCUGAGACUGAUGUCAUUGAUAAGCCAUUGGCCCUUUUGCCAAAUGAUCUAGUUUCAGACACCAAACGUAGAAACAAGCAGAGGCAAACUAUCAAUGAUGGCCUUCUAAGGGCUUCCCAAGAUACUUUUUAUCUACCCCUAAUAAAUCCAGGCAAGUUUGCACUGAAUGAUGGGAAGAAAAGAAAGAGAGAAGUGUCCAUUGGAACUGACAACACAGAACAAAUAGAAAGCCAUAAAAGCACAUCGCUCAAUAUCCUUCUGACCAGUCCUAAUGGAGAAAUGAUCUGUCCAUCACUUUUGAGAUCUGUUCAAACUACAGAUAAUCCCAGGGAAUUUGAACUAGCUACAGAUGAAGAAGUUUUAGAAGAUGAACUAUCCAUGGAAGUAAGAAGACCUGCUUCCAGUAGUCUGCCAGAGAUUUGCUCUGAAGAUCAAGCAUCAAAUGAAAAGGAAACCAUCCAACUUUCUGUUACACUGAAGAAUGGACACUAUGCCCCACCUGCAUAUAAAAGGCUGGAACUUUCCCUAACUCAACAGACUCAACAUUUACCAAGAAAUGGGACUGGCUUUGAAAAUCACGAAGUCAUCACAGGAAAUGAGGGUGUUUCUGCUGAGUUUGGAGAAAGACAUCAGCCAAGUCAAACUGGUCUCUGCAGAAACAGCUACCCACAGCAGAGUGAGGAGGAAAGGGGUUAUUCCAGCUUGUCACAAACACACAGCAUGAAGCAGAGGAAUGCUAGUAACAUUAUGAAAGAUGAAGGGGAACAACUAGAUUCCUCAGCUCGAUCAACUAAUAUCUUCCACUAUGAACCACAUCUUGCUCAUUUGAAGAUUUCUACAUCUGAAAUAAGGCAAGCUCCAAAUCCUGAACAUGCUUCCAUAAAACCUUUUGACUACCAUGAAGAAGUUAUGAAGAAUCCAAGAAUUGACCUGUAUGCUUCUGAAAUAUUUGGCAUGGAAGAAUAUAUGUCAGAGUCAACCAGCCAGCCAGCUGAGGUUGCCCAUCUCAAACAGGCUGAAGGAGUUUUAAAGAGCAAAAGGACUGAAAGACAAAAAAAACAGCCAAUACAGAAAACUGGAGAUGGGUUGAAAAAACAAAAAAAGAAUUUGAAGAAAGAGAAAUACCAAAGUCAGACAGAGUUUGUUGUAGGGAAGCCCAGAAAAAAAAGAAUUAUUAGGAAAACAAUUGCUCAGUCCAAGGGAGAACCCACACUUGCCAAACGAUUAGUCAGUGUGGAAGAGCAAACCCACGAGACAGAUUCAGGGCAAGACGAUGUUGAAGCAGAACCUAUUAGCUGUCUUAUAGAAGAACAAAGAGAAGAAAAAGGAGGAGGAGAAGGUGACCAAAGUCUUCCUGAUUCUAGCAUUUUUAUGGAGGAGCAUCCCUUGACACAUGAUAUGAACCAAACGUUUAGUGAAGAGUUUGGCAAUACUUCUGGGUUUCAUCCAGGACCUGCUAGUGAAACAUCCAUUGCCACCUACAAAGCAGUCUCCACUGCAAAUGGUUCUCAGGCUGAUGCCGAGCAGGGAAAUCAGCUAAUGGAGGAUUUGUCUCUGUACAAAGAAGAGCUGAAACUAUCACGAGACAGGUUAAUAGCAGAGAGGGCAGAAAAGCGACGGCUGGCAGUGGAGACAAAGCGAAAAGAACAGGAAGAGCGGAAAAGGAAAGAGCAGGAAGAGCAGGAGCGUAUGGAGAAAAUGAGAGAAGAAAUGGAACAGGAAAAGCAAAGGAGGAUUGAGGAGUUUCGUUUAAGAAAACAGCAGCUUGAAGCAGAGCGGCAGCUGCAGGAAGAAGAGGCAGAAAGGGAACGACAAGCUGAGAAGACAGCCCAAGAUCAGGCCCGGUGGCUACAGGAGGAACAGCGCCGGAGGUUUUUGGAGAUACAGAGGAAGAAGCAGGCACAGGAACUGGAACGGGCAGAAGCAGAAAAACGCAGACAGAAAGAAAUAGAGGUGCAGCUGGAGGAAGAACGGCGACAGCUAGCAGAAAUGGCCGAGGAGCAAAGGUUGGAAUAUGAGAAGAGGAAAAAAGAAGAGGAAGAGAAAAUGAGGCUUGAGGCUGAAGAGAAAAGGAGAAGAGCUGAGGAAGAGGCUAGAGUUGCCUUGGAAGAAGCAAGAAAGCAAGCGUUAUUACUCUCAAGACAAAUGGCAGAACUGGAGAAGGAGCAACAAUUUCAGUAUCAAUUACUUGUAGAAGCCUGUGGACUGGAUCGAAGACAGGAUAUUUCGCGUCCGUGGGUUUAUUCCUACUUCCAGCGUCCUUUUUUUACAACAGAAGAUGAUUAAAGUCCUAGCCAUGCCCAAAUAUCUGUUUGGGUAGUUUGAUAAAAGCAAACUUGCAUUCUGACAAGUUUUCCAACAGACUAAGAAGUAAAAUGUAGAACUACUAA